GAAAAAAACAAAUAAUUUUCUAAGGCUAAUCUAUUUGGUGAGGCCUGAGAGAGCACCAGAAUCACUCAGAAAGCUGAGACUUUAUUUUGGCGGUUCUCGCAAACUUUUCCUCCAUUUCAACACCAAAUAUUAAAAAAAUCCUUCCAAACCCAUCUUCUUCAUUUUCCCACUGACCCAUUUUCUCUAUUUUCUGCUCCAAAUUCUCUCUUUUAGCUUUUCAGAGAGAGAGAGAGAGAGAGAGAGAGAGAGAGAAUGGAGGAAGAAGGCAUUGGGUUGGUCCUGGCUAGGGCCACUGAGCUUCGAAUGAAGAUCAGCAACUGCAUCCACAAAGCAACAACCACUCCACACAAACUCCAAGAUAACCCACCACCAGGAAAUAAAAAUGGACUUCCUAGGGAAGACGAACCGUUUGGAGGACAAGAUGAAGAUGAAGAUGAUGAGGCACAUAGGCUUUUGAAUAUCUGCGAUGCCCUUGAAUCCCUCGAGACCCAGCUCUCUAAUUUGCAGAAUUUGCAACAGCAACAGCUAUAUGAAAGAGGGGUUGCCCUUGCUGAGAUUGAACAAAGCCGCAAAAUGUUACUUGAUAAGCUUAAGGAGUACAAGGGGGAAGAAGUGGCAGUGAUAAACGAGGCAUCUGCAUUUGCUGGUGAAACAGUUGAGCAUAACAAUGAUCUCCUGCUUCCUCCAUAUCCAAGCCGCCCUCCGAAUCCGUUGCGGUUAGAAAAUGGCUAUUUGUCGCAUUUCCAUUCAUCACAGAAACGAAAUGGACACAUUAGCAGUGAUCAUUCCAAUGAAGCAAAGGAGAAUCUGAGUGAAUCAGAACAAAAUGGGUCCAAAAACCCAAGAGGGAUCGGUUGCUUUCUAGGUGCAGCAGCCAAGACAGUAUUUACCGUUGUUGGUGUGGUAUCUAUUUUGAGUCUAUCUGGUUUUGGGCCAAAUUUUGUGAAGAAAGGUACACGUUUCAAGGUUCUGGGCCUCUUUCAGCAACAAGCAAAUGAAGAAAGAAGAUUAAAAAUCAAAUGUCCACCUGGGAAAAUCCUAGUGAUGGAAAAUGGGGAGGCUCGAUGCCUUGUGAAAGAGAGAGUUGAAGUUCCAUUUUCUUCUGCUAUUGCAAAACCAGAUGUAAAUUAUGGGUGCGGUUAGUUUAGCGUUUAUACUCCCUCUUGCUGUAUAUUUCGUUUCUAUUUGACAUGGUGAAUUGGAAAUUUCUUCCAGGGCCAAAGUUUUAUCUUCUUGUUUUCCAUAUAUAAUAUAUUUUUAAUAAUUAGUGAA